UGGACUAGGCAUUACUUGUCCGGCAAGGAGCGGAGGACUGGUGCUUCUGUGGACUUCUGUGACCAUUUGAGCAACAAAGCAAGCAAUGAAUAAUUCAACGGGCUGUUCGGCCAAUGCAACAGUUUGCGAUGGUGCAUCCUGUGUUGUAUCUCCCGGAGAUUUCAAUGCCAUUCUAAGUGUGGUCCUCAGUACGGUCUUGACCAUCCUCCUGGCUAUGGUAAUGUUCUCCAUGGGAUGCAAUGUGGAAAUCAAGAAAUUCCUAGGGCAUAUAAAGCGGCCGUGGGGCAUAUGUAUUGGCUUCCUCUGUCAGUUUGGAAUCAUGCCCCUCACAGGAUUCAUCCUGUCAGUGGCCUUUGGCAUCCUCCCCAUCCAAGCUGUAGUGGUGCUCAUCAUGGGAUGCUGUCCAGGAGGAACUUCCUCCAACAUCUUGGCCUAUUGGGUGGAUGGCGACAUGGACCUGAGCGUCAGCAUGACCACAUGCUCCACGCUGCUGGCCCUGGGGAUGAUGCCGCUGUGCCUCUAUAUCUAUACCAAAAUGUGGGUCGACUCUGGGACGAUCGUAAUUCCCUAUGAUAACAUAGGUACAUCUUUGGUCGCUCUUGUUGUUCCUGUCUCCAUUGGAAUGUUCGUUAAUCACAAAUGGCCCCAAAAAGCCAAGAUCAUACUUAAGAUCGGGUCCAUCACAGGUGCAAUCCUUAUUGUGCUCAUAGCUGUGGUGGGAGGAAUACUGUACCAAAGUGCCUGGAUCAUCGAUCCCAAGCUGUGGAUUAUAGGAACAAUAUUUCCUGUGGCCGGCUACUCCCUAGGGUUUUUUCUGGCUAGAAUAGCUGGUCAGCCCUGGCACAGGUGCCGAACAGUUGCUCUGGAAACAGGCAUGCAGAACACUCAGCUGUGCUCCACCAUAGUCCAGCUAUCGUUCACCUACGAGGAGCUCAACUACGUGUUUACAUUCCCACUCAUCUACAGCAUUUUCCAGCUCGUCUUUGCAGCAAUAUUCUUAGCAAUUUACUUUGGAUAUAAGAAAUACUUUAGAAAAAACAAUGAGGAAUUUCCAGAGAGCAAAGACGGUGAAAAAGUCUCCGAGUCAUCGCUCCACAAGGUGAACGAAGGCUUUCAACCAGAUGAAAAAUAGAUACCAAGUGGACAACAAAGAAGAAUUCUAAAGAACAUGCUUCAGCUGUAAUAAUACUAAAUUAUUUGUUUUGAUGAGAUAUUUGUCAGGAAAAAGUUAAAGUGAAAAUCUAAUUGAAUCCAUAUACUGGUUUUGGUACCAAGUGACUGUGUUCCAAAUCUUUAAUGUGACAAAUAUUUAUAUAUGUAUAUAUUUAUAUAUGUAUAAAUAUAUAUAUAUAUGUACUGUCUUUGAAAUAUGCCCAACAAAAUAUCCUCAGAGCUCAGACUAAACCUGACAUAGGUAACACUGACAGCCUUGUAACUCCUGAACUGAAUUCUUACCCAGAAUCUCAUAACCCAGAGAUAAGCACCUUUUUGUAUGUUAAAAUAGAUGCAAUGAAUUAUUAUUAUAAAGUGAUCAAGAAUUUCUCCAAUAUUUAUGAUUGUAAAAAGAUUGAAAUGAAUGUCUUCCACUGACAUAUUAAUUACUAUUUUGAAAACAUUGCAACCUAUUUAUUUAUAUAACUUUGUAAUAACAUGGGCAACUAUCUGACUUGCUGUACUUAAAAAAAAAAAUUUAGCCUUCUCCAAUGACAGUCCAAAAGCAAAAAUAAGAGAAAAGAGUUACUAAAUAGAAUUCAAUAACCAAAUUACAAUCAAGCCCAUAACUUUUCACGGGUAUUGUACACCAGUUGCUCUGCCUCAGUAGUCCAAUGAUACCCACUAGAUAUUUUAUGAAAACAGAAUUCUUUCAAAUGUCUUGAAUUUGGCAAAGAGCUCUUCAAGCCCUGCAAAGGAACUUCCUCAAGUUUUACCUGCAUUUUGCAGGUCCACAUUGGCUAAUACAACAGCUGUUCGGUUCAUAGGAAUCCCCUACAGUAGGCAUCAUGGAGCAGGGAGGUGGCAGGAGGCUCAAAGACAGCAGAAGCAAUGGAAGAAACACCACUUCUCUAGUAAGUGGAUUCAACUCAAUGUGAGACAAUAGGAAAAACAUGGAAAAGCACAAAUAACAGAAGCCCACUCUAAUGACUAGAGUCAAUUAGACGUGCAGAAGUAGGUCGCAAUAAGAAGAAUGAAACCAGGGAGCCAUGGGGGAAGUGAGUGUUAUACAGUAUUUGAGGGAAAAGAGGACAAGCCCAGGGCCCCAGAAGUAGGAAGGGCAUUGCCAGGUGAGUUCUUUGGAUGCUGUAAGUUAGGUGUAAGAAGAGGAAGCCAGGAGGAUUUGAUUAAUGGCAAGGGGAAAACAACUGGCCAAGUGUUGGGUUCUCAAUUAUGGGUCUAAUUUAAUCUCCUUUUCCUUAUUCCACAGCAAGACGUGGGCACCUUCAUAACUCAUUUCUCGUUUGGAAAUUUUUGCUGCCUCAUAAAUUCCCUUUUAAAUAUUUGGUCUCCAAACGGCCUUUUGCAUUUGGGUGAUGUGAAUUCUGACCCUGCUUGUGCACCUCAGCAGUCCAGGACCAUGAACAUCAACUCCUGACUUAGCUUUCAAUUGAGAGGUGAGGAAUUCUGCUUUUAAAUAUUAUAACAUGCGUACCUUUUUAUGAAAGGUACAUUUACAAUUAAAUAAGGCCCCUAUAUUUUUCCAUCAUUAGACAAAUAUUUUAAAAGGGACUAAGGAUUUUUAUUAAAAGAUAGUAGGGUAGAGGUGGUACAGAUUUCCUUAUUAGGGAGUGUCAAAGAACACGCUGCCAGUGGUUCAAAAGGAAAGCUAUCAGUCUCUGUGUUAAGCGCCUCCUACAUUUUCUUCAUCAAACAGAAAACAGGCAGGUGCAGUAAAGACACACUAUGAAUUCAUAUCAUAAUUUCAACACACCCAAAGCCAAGGGCCUGGAUGCCUGCAGCUGCAGCGAGCAGGUUUUUCCUCCCUGUUGAUCAAGUGAAGUGAGUAAGACAGAACUUGGCUUUCUUAACACGAUGUGGUAUCUUGUGAGUUGUGGAUUUUUUUCCUAAUGUACUAGAGGGAAGAAAAAUAGCUGAGCUUUUUAAAAUGACAGCUCUCUAUUUUUAAAUGAG